GGCUUUUCCGAGGGUUCCUGGCGCGUCCAGGCGCAACCACGUGGACUCGAGUACCAGCUCGUGGGUUCAGGGAAGUGGUGGUGAUCCAAGAAGGGAAGACAACUAUAAUUGAAGGCCGCAUGACAGAGACUCCCAAGGAGAGUCCAAAUCCUCCUAACCCCUCUGGCCAAUGCCCCAUCUGCCGUUGGAACCUGAAGCACAAGUACAAUUAUGAGGAUGUUUUGCUGCUUAGUCAGUUCAUCCGGCCUCACGGAGGCAUGCUACCCCGAAAGAUCACAGGCCUGUGCCAGGAAGAGCAUCGAAAAAUUGAGGAGUGUGUGAAGAUGGCCCACCGCGCAGGUCUGCUCCCAAAUCAUAGGCCUCGGCUUCCUGAAGGAUUUGUUCCAAAGAGCAAACCCCAACUCAACCGGUACCUGACUCGCUGGUCUCCCCGUUCCGUCAAGCCCAUCUACAAAAAAGGUCACAGCUGGAACAAGGUGCGCAUGGCUGUGGGGUCACCCCUACUAAAGGACAACAUCUGCUACUCAAGAAUGCCUUUGAAGUGGUAUCAUUGACUGAGAGCAGGGCUUCCAGAAAACCUGGCUGGAGCUCCUCCCACACCUCGUCUGUGAAAUAGGAGGCCCACUCAUGAACCUUUAGCCACAACCGCACUCCUGCUCUAUCCCACCAAGAUGGCUUGGGCCCUCCAAUGCAAAUGGACAAGGGACGGAGGGACUAACUUCAGUACCGUUGUCCUGCCCAGGAACACUGCUGGGAGGAUAGGCAAGGGCAGUCGGGUGUCCCUUGGCAGCUGUUGUGGGUUUUAGCUAAGCUCUGCUCAGGGAUAGGCUUUUUUGCCCAAAGGAAUGUAAUAAACAUGGUUCAUGGGCUUAAAAAAAAAAAAAAAA